CUCUCAGAAUGCAGCAUGGGGGAAAGAAUGUAACACAAUUAAGGAACUGUAGCCAGGCAGAGUGUCUUUAUCGCCAAAAAGUCGUCGUUUUCGGAUGAUUGAACUUAAGUGAUGCUCAAACGAUGCCUAUAGUGGACAAACUCAAGGAGGCCCUGAAGCCCGGCCGGAAGGACUCCUCGGCGGGCGAUGAUAGCGACCUCAAUAAGCUGCUGGCCUCCUCGGCCAAGAAGGUCCUGCUGCAGAAGAUUGAGUUUGAGCCGGCCAGCAAAGGCUUCUCCUAUCAGCUGGACAGUCUCAAGACCAAAUAUGUGAUCCUCAACCCCCGCGGCAGUGAGGGGGCCGCGUCGGGUCAGAGGGCCAGCACAGAGCCCGCUCAGAUCAAGAGGCAAGUUUCAGACAACCAGUGUGGGGGCCAGAGUGAUGGGAUCCCCGCCCCGCAGAAGAUGCUCUUCCCUGGGAACAGACUCUCCAUGCGUUGGGAGCGUGUCUACCGGGUGGGAGCCGGCCUCCACAACCUGGGCAACACCUGCUUCCUUAACUCCACUGUGCAGUGUCUCACCUACACACCGCCCCUGGCAAACUAUCUACUCUCCAAGGAGCACAGUCGUGCCUGUCACCAGUCGGGUUUCUGUAUGAUUUGUAUAAUGCAGAACCACAUCAUCCAAGCCUUUGCCAACACGGGAAAUGCCAUCAAGCCUGUCUCCUUCAUCCGAGACCUAAAAAAAAUUGCCAGGCACUUUCGAUUCGGUAGCCAGGAAGACGCCCAUGAAUUUUUACGCUACACCAUCGAUGCCAUGCAGAAAGCCUGUCUGAACGGCUACCCCAAGUUAGACCGGACGACACAGGCCACCACAUUGGUCCACCAGAUAUUUGGAGGUUACCUCAGGUCGCGAGUUAAGUGUUCCAUUUGCAAAAGUGUGUCGGACACGUACGACCCUUACUUGGACAUUGCUGUGGAGAUUCGACAAGCAGCAAAUAUCGUCCGAGCCCUGGAGCUCUUUGUCAAGCCCGACGUGUUGAGUGGAGAGAACGCCUACAUGUGUGCCAAGUGUAAGAAGAAAGUUCCGGCAACAAAGCGAUUCACAGUCCACCGAACGUCCAAUGUUCUGACCCUGUCUCUCAAGAGGUUUGCCAACUUCAGUGGAGGAAAAAUCACCAAGGACGUUGGCUACCCAGAGUUCCUGAACAUCCGCCCCUACAUGUCUCAGAGCACGGGCGACCCGGUCAUGUACGGCCUCUAUGCUGUCCUGGUGCAUUCUGGUUACAGCUGUCAUGCAGGCCACUACUACUGCUAUGUCAAGGCCAGCAACGGGCAAUGGUACCAGAUGAAUGACUCGAUGGUCCAUUCCAGUAACAUCAAAGUAGUCCUCAAUCAGCAAGCCUACGUCCUAUUCUACCUGAGGAUCCCAGAGACCAAGAAGAACGUGGAUGGCCAGAUUACCAAGCAGGGAAUGGGGAAGAACGUAGCGAUGUCAGAGCAGUUCAGGAAGACCAACCUCAACAGACCCCUGUCCUCUCCGCAGGUCACCAAGAAACUGGACCCUUUCCAGCUGCGUAAGAUUCAGUCCGUGGAGGGCGGCCUGGGCAUACCCGUGUCUAGGAACGGCUCCAACGGCUCCCAGCAGCCCAACAAGAUGUCCAACGGGACGUCGUCCUCCGCCCACGCCCCCACCAGGAUACCCGGCGGACCCAUGCUGAUCGAAGAGCCCUUCAAGAAGCUGAAGAAGCCCUGUUUUCCUCAGCAGCCCCAGGCGCGCAGCAGCACCCCCGCCCCCUCCAACGGUGUGGGCAGCAGGUCGGACGGCGGAGACCGGAGGCACGGGAACCAAGGAGCCAGGGGCCUGGCCGCAUCUACCUCACUCAAGUCCCUGUCAGACUCCUCCUCGGCAGACACCUCCGACUCAAAGGAUUCCAUGGGUACCAAAAGUGCGCCGGUUGGUGGGACGUCCACCCCCCCUAGGAACGUCUCGAACGGCAUGGCCUCCCCUGCCAAGAGUGUGGAGCGCGUGGGCACGGAGGAGCAGAAGACAGUCAAGCUAAAACCCCUGGCCCUCAACAACAUCACAUCUUCACCCACCAGCACCACGUCUCCCCCGCCCGCCAAGAAAUUGGCCCUGUCGGCCAAGAAGGCCAGUCGCAGCCGGAGUCCGAGCAGCACUGAGGCUCAACACCCCCACCUGCCACGCCAUCCGUCCAGUGACCGCACGCAUCCUGCUCAACUUAACAACCUCACCUCCACCUCACCCACUCACAGUCACAGGGUUGGUCCAUUCCAUUCACCCAAACUGCAAUCUCCACCCGCAGCCCACCAUGUCCACUCAGGCAUCCCAUCUAAGCAUCAGAGUCCCCAGAAAUCAAACUCCACCCUCUCUCCAAAAACCAAUGGGCUUCAGACCCACCUUCCAAAGAGCCCUAAACCUACCAAGACCCCCAGUCUGUCAGCGCCUGGCCCAAGCAGUUCCGCCACCUCCUUAAAGAAGAAAAAGAAGAAACGGCGUCACUCUGAGAUGGAAGGCGGAGAGCGAGAGCCAGCACUGGCCUACGUCAUCCCAGACAUCCCCGCUGAGCCCGAACUGAUCGAACCGGCCAGUGAGAGGAAGAGGAGGAAAAGGAGAAAGAAGAGGAAGAGGGAGGAAGAGGAUGGAGAUACAGCCGAGAACCACAGGGUAAGGGCUCAGUCUCAUCUGGAGGCUUCACCGCCGGCCCAAGAGGAGGACUGGUGUCAGGGGGGAUCAUGGCGACUCAGCCCCCCUGACAAAAGAGCCCUGGAACAACCAAAGCAGCCCCAUCCCCAGCCUGAGAGUAAGCUCCAGUUGGUUCCAGUGGUUCUCCAGUGUGACGUGAAUCAAGGAGAGCAGAGUGUGGACACUGUGACCAUGAUGAAGAGGAGGAGGAGGAAGAAGAAAAGGAGAUUGGAGGAGGGACCGGAGGAAGCGACAUCAACACGUUCUGUUUCAGAAAGUUCUGGGAUGAAGGACACGGUUGUUGAAAACGGCGCUGGGGAUUCUACUGCGCCAAAGAAGUUAAAAAAGCGCAGGCUAAAAGAAGAGGUGAAACAGUGGGAGGAAAGCAGACGUUGUUGCUUCGACGACCAGAGGAGCGACACUGAAGCAGCGGAGGCCCUUCCUAAGAAGGGCACCGUGGAGAGCACCGCUGGAGUGAUCGUGUGGGACAGCCAGGUUAAGGAUGGCUACAAGCGCUCCAAGGCCCCCGCUGCAGAAGCAGCAGAGGGUGGGCCUGGGGAUGUCCCCCGCCCAGCCCCCAUGGUCUGGGAUGGCAAGAGGAGUGGUGGAGUGGUUGAGGAGCUCCUGAAGAACUCUUUGGACAAAGCCUAUGGAACCCAAGUCCUCAGCUGGGAGGGAGAGGCAUCCGCCAUCAGUAGGGAUGCCAUUGACGACACCCGCGAUGCCAGAACCGACACGGUGAUUGACGAGUGGGACGAGGACUUUGACAGUGGAAAGGUGAAGAAAAUGAAAAAGUAUAAGCGAGAGAAGAGGAGGAGCGGCAAUAUCUUCCAGAAGAUCCAGGACCGGCGGAGCAUGUGGUCGGUCACACCCGGCGCUAAGAAGACCGGCUUUGGAUACCGUCACUGAGAGCCAACCAGAAUGGAUGUUUGGAUACAGUCACUGAGAGCCAACCAGAAUGGAUGUUUGGAUACAGUCACUGAGAGCCAACCAGAAUGGAUGUUUGGCCACAUACAGUACAACUGAACUGAAGUGACGACACGUGACGCCACUAACAAUGUUACUCUUUUUUGAUUGUUUGGCGGUUCAUACCCUGAUUGCAAUACGAGAGACCAUGGCCAGUUGACAGAACACACCUUUCGGAGAGAUAAUGACCAUCUUUGAUCUGUGCUGGUCUCUUCACUGUAGAACUUACCGCAAGUCUUCCUUUGAUGACCGAGUCUGGUGAGCUGACCAACACGGGCUGUGAUGUUACCAUCGUCAGCCAGGGUUCAGCAACAAUGAGUUGACCAUUGCUUCUACACCGUUGUCUCAGAUGGAUAUGAAAAUAUUGUUCCGUCAAUGGUGCUCAAGCUGCUCAUGGAAUAUGAUGGAUUUACCGUACUGUGAUGCUGCUGAGCUUCCAUCUGUGGUAAUAACAUGACACUAUGUUAUGAAUUCAGAACAAGUCAUGUCAGGAAUUCUCAUAUUUGGACAUUUUACAUGGUUGGGCUACUCUAGGGGACGGUUCUGGGAUUUUCUAGCCGGUAUCAAAGGAUGUGGCAUGUACCAUAUAGCAUUUAUCUGUGUGAAAGGAAGAGGUGAGAGAUUUUGUAUAAUGUAUGCUAGAUAACCCUUACCCAUCAGCUAAAUGUAUUGAAACCUAUGAGGGAGACACUUGGGUUGUGUUCAGGUGGGCGAAACGUUCAGAACGUUGAAUUAUAGUUGUAAUGUAUAGAGCUGAAAUGACUUCCUAUAAAAAAUCAUUCUGUUCUACACAAUCUAUUUCUCUGAACAUUCUAAAAUGUUGCAACCAGUGAUUUAGUGUAUAAAAAAAAUUGGGUUGGCAAACGUUGAUCGCUGUUCUUGCUGAGUAAAGCAACACUCCCUAUACGUUCAAUGCAUUUUUCCGCAAACGGUGGGUAAAAUACAAAAACAUACGUAAAUGUCAUUUACGUGCGUUUACCCUCUACUACACCACUGGUUACAACCGUUGUACUGUUGCAGACUUAGGGAUCUGCAGACUGGGCGAUCUGCAGGACAGUGGGCCAAUAGAGGUGAAUGCUCUGAAUACUGUUCUCCUGACUCAUAUGGCCUAUUCUGUAUGUGAAGACGUGUGGUGACCAUCUCGCGCUUAUCACCAUCAGCACAAUCACCAAGUCACCUUUAAAAGAUCCGAAACAUGAACAGGACCGCAGAUGGUGAAACCAUCAUAACUGAUUUGUUUAAUCCCAUCCUCUCUCUUAGUUUGUCCGAAUGAUUGAUACUUUUAUGCUUUUAUGUUUUCUAAUUCUGUGUGAUUUCUUUGCCACAAUGCCUUCUUGGUAUGUUCUACAUGCCUUCUUGGUAUGUUCUACAUGCCUUCUUGGUAUGUUCUACAUGCCUUCUUGGUAUGUUCUACAUGCCUUCUUGGUAUGUUCUACAUGCCUUCUUGGUAUGUUCUACAUGCCUUCUUGGUAUGUUCUACAUGCCUUCUUGGUAUGUUCUACAUGCCUUCUUGGUAUGUUCUACAUGCCUUCUUGGUGUGUUCUACAUGCCUUCUUGGUGUGUUCUACAUGCCUUCUUGGUGUGUUCUACAUGCCUUCUUGGUGUGUUCUACAUGCCUUCUUGGUGUGUUCUACAUGCCUUCUCGGUGUGUUCUACAUGCCUUCUCGGUGUGUUCUACAUGCCUUCUCGGUGUGUUCUACAUGCCUUCUCGGUGUGUUCUACAUGCCUUCUCGGUGUGUUCUACAUGCCUUCUCGGUGUGUUCUACAUGCCUUCUCGGGUGUUCUACAUGCCUUCUCGGUGUGUUCUACAUGCCUUCUCGGUGUGUUCUACAUGCCUUCUCGGUGUGUUCUACAUGCCUUCUCGGUGUGUUCUACAUGCCUUCUCGGUGUGUUCUACAUGCCUUCUCGGUGUGUUCUACAUGCCUUCUCGGUGUGUUCUACAUGCCUUCUCGGUGUGUUCUACAUGCCUUCUCGGUGUGUUCUACAUGCCUUCUCGGUGUGUUCUACAUGCCUUCUCGGUGUGUUCUACAUGACUUGAUGAAACUGACCCACUGUGGCUGCUGCUGACACAUUUACAUAUUCUGAUUGUACUCUUAUUUUACAAGCAUGAAUUUGGAGGGGGAAACAGUCACAUGCCUGUCCCAAGCAGACAAAAGGCCUCCAUCUUUAGUUUAAUCUUGUUGAUUAUUGUAUGCAUGAUGGUGGUAUUUGAAGUUUCCUGUUUCAGAAUAUUCAGUUAUGCAUCCCUAAUGGUUUGUUUUUGUUUUCCUGGGGGAAUUGAAUUUGACGGUUCUGAAGAUGAUGUCAUUUGGUAGAUGUGUCAGAAUAGAAAAAUGUCAUGGUCGAUUUAACACCAAGUGAUGCUGGAAUAUGAAUUGCCCCUACAUCAGCUAAUUGCAAAGUUCAUAGGCGGAUGUCUACCCCCAGGUCAAGUUGGGGACUGUAACGAUAAUGUCAAGGCUUUGCCUGUUUGUAACACCACAUAAUCCACCUUUUUAAUGUAUUAGACAUAUCAUUGUUUCAUCUGCUUUCUAAUCCAUUUGCUCUCCUUUCUGGUAAAUCGUACCAUUCUGUUUUGCAAAAGAGAAUGAGUGAUUCUGGGUGGGUGGGUUGUAUUGGGAACUUUUUUUCAACCCUAGACAUCUACAGUAGGUCAUGAGUGGAGCUAAUUGCUCAUCUCUUCUGCUUGUUAUUCCCAAAAUGUCAAGUUCCUGGUCUCUAACUAAAAGUUGGGUUGGUGACCAUCGUUUAGUAAUGCUCCAUCACCAGUGGAGUCCAGCUUUGUUGUGCAUCAUGUGUUUUCUGAAUGAAUUUUGGGCCUCAAUAUGAACCAACAGUUCUUUCUUUGUGUUCCAGCCCAGAUAAAGAGUUACAUGUAGGCUGGUCCCAGAUCUGUUUGUGUGGUUUGGCCAACACCUAUGGCCAUUGUAAAUGUUGUAAAUGCAGCACAGACAUCUGGGGCCAGGCUAGAUGACAUGCGUUGCCCCAGGCAUUGUUAGUUUGACGUUGAUGUAUAUGCUAUUAGUACAUGAUCAUUGUCUCAAUCUGUACUCUCUCUAUGCAAAUCACCCACAGACAGUCCAACUAACUGGUCAUCUGGAACAUCCCCCAACCUUACAACCCUCAUGUACAACCAACCUUCUAGCCAAGUCCACAUUUUAUUACACCCCACCACCAUGUUUAUCCUGAGGAGGCUGUUUUCUACAAGUAGAUUUGGGGGGGGGGGGGUUGGGAGGGUGAAAACAUGGGAUCUUCCACUUUAUCUGGGCACCGAUUUUGAUAAAUAGAUCAUGAAUGAUAGUCAUUAAACAAACCCGCUUUGCCAGUGUAGAAGAUUGUACAGUCCACCUGGUGUUUCCCAUGCUUUCCCCGUCAUCCCUGCGUAGACCUAGCCUCGUACAAACCAUCCUGAUCUGAUUGGCUACACGGAAACAGAAUGCAAGCUUGUGAGAUCAGGAUGAUUCGUACGAGGCUAGUAUAGUUCUAUCCACCCAUUGACUUUCAUUCUAGAGAUGUCAGCUUUAACAGUAUAGUUAAUUGAUAAGUAAGAAAGAGACGUUUCACAAAUCUUUAAUGUGCUAUAAAAAAAUACAGGUAAUCUGUAUUUGGGUUGGUGGGGGAUUGUGAAACUUUAAAUUCUUGCAGAUGAUGGAUGUUCAUAUGUGCGUGUUUCAUACGAUGACACCUUGUUACUGUAGUGUCAUACAGUAUGAGAGCGGUUUCAUCACCAGUUCCAUUGAAUGUGUUUAAUGUUGACUGUGAAAUUAGCUUUAGGACAUGUUCGAUUCUCAAGGGAACUGACACGGGGACAUUAUUCUGGUGUGACUGAUCCACGUCAUAUUUGCAUUGAUGGUUCUAUAUCUUGCACCGCCUUUUCAGACCAAGGAGAGACAUUUCAUAAUGAAAAGUGACUCUUACCAAAAUGGAUAAUGUAAUUAGCUAUACAGGUGCAAUAAAGUUAUGACUUUGUGAGAA